AUCUUGAAACAAAUGAAGCUUAUGAAAUAAUUAUUGAUAUUAUUACUAAAAGAUGGAAUAUAAUUUAUGAUCCUGUAAUUGAAAUAGCAUAUUUAUUAGAUUCAAGAUUUCAAGGCAAAAAUUUAUCUAAUGAUAUUAUGACAAUAGUAUCUGAUUUUAUUGAAAAAUUUUAUCCUGAAAAUAGUACAAAAAUUUAUGAACAAUUAUUAGAAUAUUUAGCACAUACUGGUCCUUUUAAUAAUAAUUUGGCUUGGGAAACUGUUUAUACUACUAAUCAAUUAACAUGGUGGACUGGAAAUUUUAAAAAUUCAGCUCCAGAACUUACACUAUUUGCUAAAAGAAUUUUAACUAUUCCUACAUCAUCUGCUUCAUCUGAACGUAAUUGGUCUAUAUUUGCUCAUAUUCAUUCAAAAAAUAGAAAUAGACUUAAAUCUCCAAAAAUAUUAAAAUUAGUUUAUAUUUAUAGCAAUUAUAAACUAAAAAAAUUACAAUCUAUUAAUCAAAAAAAAUUAGAUUAUAUAAAAAAUAAAUCUAAUUUAGAUGAUAAUUUUUGGGAAGAUUUUUUUACUAAAAAUGAAGAUAACUUAGAUUUAUUAGAUGAAGAUAAUGAAUUGGAUUUAUUAUAUGAAGAUGAAUCUGAUUUUUUAAAUAAAAGUGAAUUAGAAAUGGAACUAGAAGCAAUUAUUUGUGCUAGUAAUACAACUCAAAAAAGG